AUGUCUACAACACCAUCGCAACCCCCAGCCACCUCCGCCGUCCCGGCACGAUCCGACCCCGCGGCCUUCGCCCACAUCCAGAACUACAUCGAGACCCGCUGCAACGCCUCCCCGAUCUACAACUUCCUCUUCAACCCCGGCUUGAAGCUCACCCAUGUCUCAAAGGGCCUCGUCGUUGCGCGUCUGCCCGUCACCGCCAAUCACCUCAACUCCUCCGGCAGCAUCCACGGCAGCGUAUCUGCUACCAUUGUCGACUGGGCGGGCGGUCUGGCCAUUGCGGCGUGGGAUCUGCGCGAGGCAACCGGUGUGAGCGUUGACAUCAACAUCAGCUACCUGUCUGGUGCAAAGCUGGGUGAUGAGAUUGAGAUUGAGGGCAAGGUUGAGAAGGUCGGAGGCAGCUUGGCGUUUACGCAUGUCAACAUUUACAAGGUUGCUGCUGAUGGAUCGAGGGGUGCGACUGUGGCAAAUGGAAGGCACACCAAGUUCGUGCGUAGCAGGUAA